GGGGGACACGCCCUCGAGGACUGCCCUCCCCACGCCCCAGGCCUGAGUCGCCCCCAUUCCGCUCGUUCCUCCCUUCGGUUGUUGGGGGACGCCCCUGUUCUGUCCAAAGCCCGGGGUGGGGGAAGAGCAAGGAUGAGACAGCCCCCUCCUCUGGGGGCCCGACAGUGAGGGGGGAAGGAUAUUCAUUCGCUUUUGACAGAUCUGGAAAGGAUAAAUCCAAAAGAAGCCAGGGCAUCAUGUGCACUUACUUCUGACUGCCUCUUUGGAGCCAUGAUUGCUGCAGUCCACAACCUCUCUACCACCCACUGGAUUGAUCAGCUGCCCAUCUGAGCAAGUUCUAAGGAAUGAAGCUGGACUGGCUAUUUCUCUCUUUAGAUUAUGAUAAAAAUCCAUGUGAGGGAGGUGCUGUUGACCCAUUUUACAGCCGAGGAGAUCGAGGCUCACGAUAAGUGACUUGAAGCCAAUAUCGGAGGGAAAUCUAAAUUCAUUUCAAGACAUUCGGAAUGGGGAAAGACUAUUAUUCCAUUUUGGGGAUUGAAAAAGGAGCUUCUGAUGAAGAAGUUAAGAAAGCUUACCGAAAACAAGCCCUCCGAUUUCAUCCGGACAAGAACAAAUCCCCUCAGGCAGAGGAGAGAUUUAAAGAGGUGGCCGAAGCCUAUGAGGUUCUGAGCGAUCCUAAAAAGAAAGAAAUCUAUGAUCAGUUUGGGGAGGAGGGUUUGAAAGGAGGAGCCGGUGGGACUGAUGGACAAGGAGGUACCUUCCGGUACACCUUUCAUGGUGAUCCUCAUGCCACGUUUGCAGCGUUUUUCGGUGGUUCCAGUCCUUUUGAAGUCUUCUUUGGUAGAAGAAUGGCUAAUAAUAGAGAUGCUGAAGAAAUGGAAGUAGAUGGAGAUCCUUUCAGUGCCUUUGGUUUCAGCAUGAACGGGUAUCCCAGGGAGAGGAACUCUGUGGGUUCAUCCCGACCCAGGCAAGACCCCCCAGUUAUCCACGAACUUAAAGUCUCUCUUGAAGAAAUCUAUAGUGGUUGUACCAAACGGAUGAAGAUUUCCCGAAAAAGGCUGAACCCUGAUGGGAGAAGUGUUCGAACAGAAGACAAAAUUCUCACCAUUGAGAUAAAAAAAGGAUGGAAAGAAGGAACAAAAAUCACUUUUCCAAGGGAAGGAGAUGAAAUGCCCAAUAGUAUUCCAGCAGAUAUUGUUUUUGUCAUUAAAGAUAAAGAGCAUACGCAAUUUAAGAGGGAUGGAUCAAAUAUUCUCUAUCCUGUCCGAAUCAGUUUGCGGGAGGCCUUGUGUGGCUGCUCCAUCAACGUCCCCACAAUUGAGGGAAGAACCAUCCCGAUGUCAAUAAAUGAAGUUGUGAAGCCUGGAAUGAGGAGAAGAAUCAUAGGCUAUGGACUGCCCUUUCCAAAAAACCCUGACCAGCGGGGCGACCUGCUCAUAGAGUUCGAGGUGAACUUCCCUGACACCCUGUCUUCAGCAUCCAAAGAAGUCCUUCGGAAGCAUCUUCCGACCUCCUAGGAGGAGGGCGCACUCACCUGGUUACCAGGGUUUUGGCAAGGCACUGAAUAGACAUACCAUAGACAAAGUGGGGUGAAUGCCUUGAGGGUUCAGUGAUAUGCUUGAAUAGAGAGGGUCAAAUAAAGGGCAAGAGGGAACUUGCAGUUAAAUAUGGAGAAGAAAACCACUUCUGUAUUUUAUUUUCUUCUUAACCAGAAAUUUCAUUCACAAUUUUGCAUAUGUGUAAAAUUUAGUUGUUUUGUGAAGCUAGUGUAUGUAUUGCUAAUAAAGUACUUGAUUACGAAAGUACUUUAUUUCUCAUAUAUCUACAUCAUCAAUAGAUGCUGCCAUUUAUACUGGAGAGCAGAAUUCAUAGAUGAAAUGACAUGUACUAUGCAUCUUCAGGACAUUUUAAAGAGGCUAUUUAAAAAUAGAGAAAUUAGGUUUAAAUCUGCUUCUAUAGUAGUGCUAUAGGGCUGGUACCCUGAUAGAGAAAUUGCCUGGUAGAUAGAUUUCAUUACUUUGAUUUUCAAAAUGUGAAUUUAUGUCAAGUUAUUUUUUCACCUGUGGAAAUCCUAGUUGCCUGAACUACUGGGUAUUUUCAAAAUAUCAGGCUCCUUUAAAAUGUCACAUGUGUGAUUUUUAUCUGUGAAAGUAGAAUACAUAUGCAUAGGCAUGUAUGUACUUAUAUACAUGCCUGUCAACAUAUAUGCUGGGCUUAUGAAAUUAGAGACUCAGCAAGCACUGGCAUCAGUGAUCUAUUUUAAAAUGGAUGUGCUCUUCAAGGCUCUUGUUGAGUCCGUUUUUCAGCUCUGUCAUCAUAUUCUCAUAGUGUAUACAAUCAUAGGCUUUAUGAGUCAAUUUAAGUAGUUCCUGGAAAGGAACCAAUAAUCACUAGUAUAGUGUUACAACCAAAAUACAGGGAAAAACAGUAACUGCUGCUUGUAGUAAUGUUGCUACUAUAUAAUAUGUGUAUGCAUGUAAAAUAUUUUGUUUCCAUAUGUACAGUAUUGUAUUUCUCAUGUUUUUAAUUUAAAAAUUGUAAACUUAUUUUUAACUUUCUUUGCUUUUGUUACCAUAGUGAAAAUGAUCUUUUGAAACAGUGUGUUCAGUAAAAUUUUCUGAUCCCUGGGUCUAGAUUUAUUCUGCAUGUCAUAUUUAUAGUACUUUGUUAGACUUUAGUUAUGUCAAGUAUACAGAACCCUAUCACAAUUGAAAAAUCAUAGUAAUGAAAUUUGCAUUUCACAAAUGAGAUCUUCAGUAAGCUUAUACUUUUGUUAUAAAAUCAAAAACUCAUAAAAUAGCAAUGAAUUAAAUUAUUCCUGCUUAUCAUUCCAUUUCCUCAUUCAUAAAAGAUUCUUCUAUGGCCAUGUUUCUCAGACUGAAGUUAGGAGCCUUCUCAGAAGCCACAGAAACAUUGCAUGGAGGCGUGGUAGCACCAUUCUAUUUCCGUUUUCCUCUUCUUUACCUUCCCCUUCUUCCUGGAUAACACCACCAUCACCACAUUUCAACCAUUUGAUCCAGUUAAUAUCUUUUGUGUCAAUAUUACAUUUAAUUCUUACCAUGCCUUUUUAAAAUUGAAUGAUGAUAUAGGAUAUAGGAACUCUUCAAAAUAGAUAAAAUAAGCUCGCUUGUUUUUGGAGAGGGUAAGACAGUCAUGGGAUAAAAAUAAAAUUAUUGCUUUACGGUCAUUGAAGCUAUGUGGACUGAAAAAAGGCAAAAGUCUACCAUGUCCAUUUCCUACAUGGCUUCAGAUCCCAGAAUCAAGAUUUAUAGGGGACUUACUGAUAUUUUGACAUGAGGAAGUUCAUAAAGUCGAUGCUGAACAAAUAUUUAUUAGGGAAUGAAUGUAGAGACGAAGUCGGAUUUUCUACCCCAAUCAGAAAAGUAGUACUCUUUAGUGCAUUAGACCUUCCCGUUUCUAGGAUGAAUACUAAGGGACCAUACAUGCUAGCACAGUUAUGAAGAAAACACUUUGUGAAGCUUCAGAAAAUGCUCUACGAGGUUAGGGGUACAGAACAAACGAGGUGUUUGCAGACUUUCACCGAGGCAUGGCCAUAGACGUAUAGCCUUUUUUGGGUACAAGGAUCAGAGCUUGUUUUCAGUGAUUUAUUUGUAAGAGAGAAUUGCCUUAACUGUGGAUGAAGGAAAUGUAAUAAGAAAAUGGAGUUGUACUUAUGUCAUUAGUAAAUUGUUUACAGUUACUGAUGUAGAUCUUUAUAACCAAAGGAUUAUAACUUCCUCACUGAAUAUAAUACUUCAAAAUUGAAAUACCCAUUAAAUUUAGCAGCAAAAAGCUUCUCUGAGGUAUAGUAACCUCAGAUGUAACACUAAGUAUGUGUCUUGCUAAUUUCAAAUUGUGUCAUACUUUAUCUGGGAAACUUAAGUUUUAUAGAUUUAAAUAUAAUUUUGACUGUCAUUGCACAUUAGCUAUAAUUAUUGAAGCAAAGAUUAGAGUAAAAUAAAUGUCAAUUUUAUUGUUAUUUGCAAUAGUUUAAUAACUACUUACCCUAUGGUCCAUUAAUAUCUCACUAUAAAGGCCAUGCAUGUUCAUUUAAAAUGCAUUUUGAGAUUUUAUUAAAAACUGUGUAAACUCUGUAGUGCAAAUUAUGCUAAUUAGAAAACUUCUAUAGUAUGUAUUGCAAGACCAAAGUGGGCUCAAUUUUCUUUUCAGAAAAUAGUGCUACCUCUUUAUGUCAUGUAUUUGUGCUUUUGUUGAGUUGGGUUCCCAACAGUCUUUAUCUUAGAGAGUUCUCUGAGGCUUAGCGAGAUUAACACAGCAACUCAAUGUCUGAGGUGGGAUUUGAACUCAGGUUUUCCUGACUCCAAAUCUAGGCACUACCGGUAAGACAUGAUUAAUUAGCAACAGACAAGUAGCAUAUGAGAAUUUAACUGAUUAAUUUUGUGGCUUUUCAGUAAUAACACUGUUGCUUAUUAAAGGAGCCACAAAGUUGAUACAUUUAAAAGAAUAUGUUUAUUUCAUAUAGUAUGCUUAUUUAUUAGAGUUCUAUAAUAGUUUUAUCAAAGAACUCAGAGAAUAUGUACAGACUUUAAAUGAGAUGAUUCCUAAGUUAAAACUAUAACCGAGAGACUGUUCGUGGAACAAUAAUAAAGCUGAAUAAAAUGAGA